UUCACCUUGACAGUGACGGUCGGUCCUGAGGCUCGAGGACAAACGGUGAACGGGCGCCGGGCGCGAGCAUGGCAGCAGAAGAUGCUCAGUAACGGAGACAGCGACAGGAAGCAACCGAAGAGCUGCUCCGGGAGCGGGAGCGGCUCGGUCCAUGUCCCGGCCAUGGAGAGGGCUCGGCCGGUGACGGUGACCGUGUCCGCGGUGAGCCUCGCGCUCAGCGUCCUGUCGCUGCUGCUGCUGGUCACCGCCAUCUCCACCGACCACUGGUACGAGACCGACACCCGCAGACACAAGGACAACUGCGACCGACACGGAUCCGACUCCAACGACCAGAAGAACCGGGAGAUGCCCAUCUACCACCUCCCGCUGGUGGACACCGGGAGCGGCGUGGCCCGGCAGCGGGACGUGGCGCUGAUGAAGCCCGUGCAUGUGGGCAGCAGAGAGGAGGAGCUGCUGGAGAACUGGAGGGCGAUCCUGGGGAUGGGCAUCCUGGAGACGGAGUGCGGGAGGCCGCUGUUCUCCACUCACUCCGGCCUCUGGAGGAAGUGCUACUUCAAGGGCCUGGACCCGGACAUCGACAAGCUCAUCGACCGGG